AUGUCGGGCACGCAGCAGCCGGACUCUUCGGCUGCAUCCGAUGCGCGCUUUCGGCCGUCUGCCGCUGGAUCAUCGUCGCAAGGUCGCAAAGUGUCGUUCGAGCAGCUCGCCAGCACUUCGUCCAGCAGAGCGAGCUCAUCCGCCGUGGCCGCGCCGGGCGCAUCGGGCAGCACAUCAUCCCUUUCGGCCUACUCGGGCGCCACCCGACGCCAUUCGCUGUUUGGCACCGAAGACCGCAUCAUCCUCGACGUCGGCAGCCGAUAUUCCAAGUUUGGCUUCAGCGGCGAGCCUCGUCCGCGCGCCAUCGUACCCUCGGUCUCCUUCUCGCAGCCAUCGACGUCGUACCUUCGGCUCGAUGCUUCGUCGGCCACUGCAGGCCUGUACGGCGCAGGCGACACGCUGUGGGACGUCGACUUUGAGCGGUGUGCUGAUGAUCAGCUCCGACGCGGCAGGCGGGCGCUGGUGCUUGCGCAGCUGACACAGCUGUUGCGCAGCGCAUUCACGCAGCACCUCAUGACGGACCCCAAGAAGCGAAAGGUGCUGGUGGUCGAGAACCCCAUGCUGCCGAAUGCGGUCAAGGACAUGAUCUGCGAGGUGCUCUUCAACAAUCUCCAGGUGCCGUCGGUUUCGUUCGUGCCUGCGCCGCUGCUCAGCCUGCUCGCCGUGGGUCGCAUCACGGGCCUCGUGCUUGAGGUAGGCUACCUCGAAGCCACGCUCAUGCCCAUCUACUAUGGUCGGCCGCUGGCGAGCCAUGUGGCUACAAGCGCGCGCGCGGGCCAACGGCUCAAUGCGAGGCUCAGGCGUCUCUUGCUGCGCUACGCCAAGUUCGUCGCGGCACAUACCGGGCUGCAGGACUCGACGAGGUCGUUGCGCGAACGCACACGCGACGUUGACCCAGCCAUGCUCACCGAUGAGCGCAUCGAGCAGAUCAAGGCAAAAGCACUCUUUGUCAGCUCCUACGAUCCGGCCCUGUCCGAUCUGGCAGAUGUCUUCUCGGUGCUCGACCUCGAUUCCUCACCGGCGACAGUGGAUGCAGGUGUGGAGCAGGAGGCAGUCUCGACGAUCCGCCGCAAGUACUCGGCUACUUCGAGCGCGACGCCGUUCACAUUUGGCGUGACGCCCGAGUCGGUCGACCCCACCGGCUCCGCGUCGCUCAUCCAGAGCAUACAGGCGCCAGCUCCGCACACGGGCUCGGCGUUGGGAGCGUCUGCGGCUCAGAGCGAGGUUGGGGUGAUCGCGAUUCCGGGCUGGGUGCGCGAGCGUGCAGCCGAGGUGCUGUUCGAACGCGGCGAUGCCGACGAUCCGGGGCUGGUUGAGAUGACGGUUGCGGCGAUUAGCAAGUUGCCCAUCGACCUGCGGCGCGUCAUGUGCGAGAACCUGCUCGUAUCGGGCGGCACGGCGAUGCUGCCGGGCUUUGCGCACCGCUUCCGCACGCAACUCGCUGCAGCGAUCGACGCAGCUGAGCAGCCGGGUGGGGCGCUCUCGGUAGACAGAAACGCGCGUCGCAUCGGCUCAACGACUCAGAUCUCGCAAGGUACGCAGCGGGGUCGGGCGUUGUCGGGCUCCGUGGCGGUACUCAACGAUCCCUGGCCCGAGACGGCGCACGCAGCAGCAAGCAAAGAGGCUGGGCAAGGGCAGGGCGGAACGGCGCCGGCAUUUGCGGCGAAUCUGCUGCCGUACAUGGGCGCAUCGCUGGCGGGUGCGCUCAAGACGACUUCGCUCACUGCGAUCUCGCGCGAGGCGUACGACGAAGCUACGAAUCCCGUCAUGCCCGAAGCCAAGGUAGAGGCUGCAGGUGGUGAUGACAAGGAGACGCGGGCGGGCGAGGGCGCAAAGGCGUCCAGGCCGGGCAUGCUUGGCGCAAUGAAGCGUGGCUCGUUCGUGGGCGUAGUGGGUGGACUCGAAACGGGCGCGUACGGCGGACUGGCUGCUGUGAGUCGACACCUUGUGGGCAUCCCGGGCACGAGCACAAGUAGUGACGACAAGACCAGCUGA